AAGAUGGCGACGGAAUCAUGAAUCCACUUCAAAACAAAGACUGGCCCGUAUUGUAAACAGAACCAAAUACUGGCGAUGCUUGGCGGGCUUUUGCAGAUUAAGCAUUGAUCAUCGCUGUCAUCUGAUACCUGUUUUCUGUCAAGAAAUUUUAAACGCCACGUCUGGUAAAAACAAAGUUUAUCGUGGAAAGAGCAGUUGAGGGAGGAUUGGAGUUUGGCGGGAUUAGCAAGCUUCUGUUGCAUCGCUCGAAGCUUUAGUGUGCCAGACAGCAGGAACUGAUCCUCAACAGAAAUCAGCCUAGUCACCAUGCAGUGGGAAACUGCACGGAAUGAAUCCUUCACAAGAAGGGAAGUGCGACAAGUUCACACAAUAGGUGAAACUUCGCAUGACUCUUGGAGUGAGCAGCAGUACACAGACACAAACAGCAGAUAUGGGCAGUUUGUUAAUGGUCCGAUAACCAAUGGAAUUGACUCAUCUCAAGAGACGUCUCACGGUAAAAGAACAAUUUACAUGGUGAAUGGAGACACCAGUUCUGAAGGAAGGGAUGACAGAUUUCCAUUUAAAAAUCGUGAGUCGGAUGUCAGUGAGACAGGGUCUUUACAGCGCACAUACAGUAGUGGGAGUGGUACAGGUAGAAAAUUUAGUGGCAGCUCAGCAGGAUCUACCAAUAGUGGAACAAAGAUAUCCAGUGUGACUAUGCCGAUAAGAUCUGCCUCAUUCUCUACUCGAAGAGUUUCCAACAGCUCAGAGAAGCCAGUUCAAGCCAGUACUGUGUCCAGUACAGAAGCUGCACCAACAAAGCCUGUAACUCUUCCCAGGACAUCUUCCUUGGUGAAACAGCAUAUACCUUCAGAUCCAAAGUCAAGCCUUCCUGAAGUGAAUGUGAAAUACAACAUCAAAAUGAAACUUGGUGAAGUGAAAGGUAAUGGAGUGGAUGGAAAUGUUUAUAUCCAGCUGUUUGGAUCAAAAGGAAACACUGCAAAAAUACAGUUACGUCAAGCGGGGGAUGAAAAGAAUCGGUUUGAAACUGGUCAGGAAUAUAAGUUCAUGGUUACCACCAUGGAUAUUGGAAAGGUUGAGAGAAUAAAACUCAGCCAUGAUCACAUGGAAUAUGGGACUGGACUUCAUGUGAAGGAAGUUGAAGUCGAUGUUCCCUCAUAUGGCAGCCACUACACCUUCCCAUGUAAUUGUUGGUUGGCACAAGAUAAGCUCUCAGAGAUGACAAUCAAAGACUUGAAUUCAACUCCUACACCAAACAAAGGUUAUACAGUUUCAGUUCAUUUGGGUAAAGUUCUGGAUCCUUACACCAAGUUGUACCUGCAACUGUGUGGAGAAAAGGAGGAGAGCACUAAAAUUGUGCUUCGGCCAUCAGGAACUGCAACAGAUAAAUUCCAAGAGGGGAAGACCUAUAAGUUCUCAGUUGAGAUGCCAUAUAUUGGAAAGGUGGAGAGAAUCCGUGUUGGUCAUGAUACCUAUGGGAGUGGAAAAGGUAUUUUUGUAGAUGAUAUUGAAGUUGCACCAGAUGAUGAAGAAGCUUUGUAUUUUCCUUGCUCCUGUUGGUUAGCAGAAGACAUUGGAGAUGGAAAAUUAGAACGAGAAAUCUACCCAGGAACAAGGACCCCUCUUACAUCAGAGUCAGACAUUACCCACACAGUGUCUGUGCAUCUUGGAGAAGUACUGAACCCUGAAGCAACAUUGUACAUCUAUUUGAUUGGUCGGAGAGGAGAAACUAGCAAAGUAUUUUUGAGGCCAGAAGAACCAUUAGAAAGAGAGAAGACCUAUAAGUUCACGCUUGCUCUGAAUGUUGAUAUUGGAGGGAUUGAGAAGAUUCGCCUUGGACAGGACAGCCGCGGGUAUGGCAAAGGACUGUUUGUCGAAAGUGUCAAGGUGGUUCCCACAGACAAUGAUCCCCCGAUGAUGUUCCCAUGUGCAUGUUGGCUGGCUGAAGAUGUGUGGGACAGUAAGACUGAGAGGGAACUGCUUCCUGGAAAAGCUGUAAAGAGACCUGAAAAUGUUGCUUACAGCUUAACAUUCAAGACGGGCGACAUGCCGUAUGCGGGCACUGAUGCUAAUGUAACACUGCAGCUGUUUGGAGACAAAGGUCAAACGGAAAAGAUCAUGUUACGGCAAGAAUCUGGAAAAACCAUAAAGAGAUUUGAUCGAGGACGGACAGACAGGUUCACUGUACAGACGAUGGACGUGGGGAAAGUUGAGAGGAUUCGCAUCAGUCAUGAUAACACGGGUCCUAACCCGGAGUGGUAUUUAGAAUACCUGAAGAUCGAAAUUCCUUCCCGGGACGAAAAAUACAUGUUUCCUUUGAUUUUCCCUUGUCGCUGCUGGCUCGCUGAAAACGAAGAUGAUGGUAAAACAGCUCGUGUGAUAGAACCUGGUGAAUCAUUGACACAACCGUACGACAUUAAUUUUCGUCUUGGGGAAGUGAUGGAUCCCCGCGCCAAGUUGUACAUGAUUAUUCAUGGAAAGAAAGGCGAUUCAGGAAAAAUUUAUCUCGCACCAUCUGACGGCAAAAAUUUUGAACCAGGAAGGCUGUACACUGUGUCUGCAAAUAUCAGAGAUAUCGGACCGGUUGAGAAAAUUAGUCUUGGAAAUGAAAGUCGUGGACCCGGCCAUGGUGUUUUCGUAGAGGAAGUGGAAGUGGGGGCACCUAACGAAGAACCUCUUGUUUUCCCGAGCCGCUGUUGGUUGGCAGAAGACGAGGGAGAUGGAUUGGUUGUACGAGUCCUGAAACCCGGAGAAACUAUUCAACCGACCUACGACAUUCUGUUCCGUUUGGGCGAAGUACGAGAUCCCUGGGCUAAACUGUACAUGAUCCUGUAUGGAGAUAGGGGCGAGUCAGGCAAGAUAUAUCUCACACCUUCUGAUGGGACAAAGUUUGAGGCUGGAAAGCAGUACAGAGUAUCAGUUAAUAUCAAAGAUAUUGGAAAGAUCAACAAAGUGUUUCUUGGAAGUGAUAAUCAGGGAAGCGGGCGUGGAAUUUACGUUGAGGAAAUCGAAGUGCAAUCCACUGGUGAGGAUCCUGUGAUCUUUCCUUGUCGCUGCUGGCUCGCUGAAGAUGAAGGAGACGGCAAAACAGCCAGGGUUUUGAUUCCAGGGGAGACGAUUUAUCCGCAGCUUGACAGUACUCUGUACAACAUGACAUUUGAGACAGAGGAUGUUCCCUUCGCCGGCACAGAUGCUACUGUUUAUGUGCAGAUGUUUGGAGAAAAAGGACAGACAGAAAAGAUUGAGUUUCGAAGUGAAGACAAAAAAGAGGCGCCAAAGUUUAAACGCGGAAGAAUUGACAAGUUUGCUGUGGAAACUGCUGAUGUUGGAAAGCUGACGAAACUUCGUGUCGGCCACGACAACACCGGCCGUAACCCUGAAUGGUAUCUAAAGAAACUCUCCAUUGAAAUCCCAUCACGUGACGAGACCUGUGUGUUCGAGUACAACAACUGGAUUGCGGGAGAGGAAGUCAACUUGGAUCCAAUCGACGAAAAAACAAGAACAGAGCUUUAUACCAUUCAUCUCAAGCUGGGUGAGGUGGCCGACCCCUAUGCUCCAGUGUGGAUCCAGCUCGUAGGUGAGAAGGGAGAAAGUGGACAGAUUCAAAUCAAACCUGGAUAUGGUCCUUAUGAUAAGUUCGAGAAGGGCCGCAUUUACAAGGUGGUUGCAAGAGUCGCAGACAUUGGACGGAUCGUGGAUGUCAAAGUUGGCCAAGAUGCAGGCCACACUGGUGUCCCUAGCAAGGGUCUAUACGUUGAAGAAGUUGUGGUGACCGCGUCACGUGGAGAUGGGGUGGUCUUUCCUUGUCACUGUUGGACUGGGGAUGAGGAUAAAAUAGCCGUGGAGCCCGGCCUUGGAAAUGAAGAACCUCUUGAUACAACUUAUCAAGUAACAUUUAAGACUGGUGACAGACCAAACGCUGGCACAUCGGCCAAAGUGCAGUUUGAAUUGUUUGGAGACAACGGUAAAACCGAGCCUAUUUUACUCAGCGAAGACAAGAGUCUACGACUGUUUGAAAGAGGAAACAGUGAUAAAUUCAAAGUGGACACGCGGGAUGUUGGAAAGAUCGAGAAGCUUCGCGUCAGUCAUGACAAUUCCGGGCGCGAUCCUGACUGGUAUCUAGAGGAAGUGACCAUAGAUGUCCCGGAUAAGGGCGAGCAGUACAUCUUCCCUUGUCACCGCUGGCUCGUGGGCAGUCAGCGAAAUGUUGAUCUGAUACCUGCUGAAACAAAAGAUUUGUCACAAGAAGUGGAUUAUCGUAUCAUGAUAAAGACUGGGGACGAAAACGACGCUGGCACAGACGCCAAUGUUAAUUUUCAGAUGUUUGGAGAAAAAGGAAAAACACAAAACUUCUCUCUCAGAGAGGAAGGAGAUAAAAAGAGAUUUGAGAAAGGAAGAAUGGACAAAUUCUUGAUCCGGACACGAGACAUUGGAAAGCUGACAUCUGUUCGUAUCAGCCGGGAUAACAAAGGUGUUAAACCUGGAUGGCUGUUGGAUAAAAUAACUAUUGACGUAGACGAGAAGGACGAGCAUUAUGUGUUUUAUUGCAACCGCUGGUUGGGAAGUUCAGACAUUGCGAUAGAUUUUACACCAGAGCAAGGCUCGUUACCUGGACAAGAAGGAAUGUACACAGUGAGCGUCAAAGUUGGAGAGGUCCUGGACCCUGAUGUAAAUCCUUUCUAUCAAAUCGUUGGUAGAAACGGUGAAACCAACAAGAUCAGGCUACGAGAGGGUUACUCAAAGUCACAUGUCUUUACUAAAGGAAACACUUACAAUGUGUCUGUUAAGAGUCCAGAUGUUGGCGAGAUAACAAAGCUUCGCAUCGGAGAUGACGGGAACGGUCGCGGCAAGACCAUGUUUGUGGAAGAGGUGACGGUUACCAGCAAGGAGGGUGAUACUGUACUGUUUCCAUGUCGCUGCUGGCUAGGAAAAGAUGACUCCAACACCAAAAUAAUCCGAGAGCUUGUCCCAGGAAAAUCUGUACCAGAAGAACUGGAGGAUAUCUCAUAUCACAUGACAUUAAAAACCGCAGAUGUACAAAAUGCAGGAACCGACGCAAAUGUUUAUUUUGCGCUGCACGGCGACAAAGGGGAAACGCCAAAAAUCGCUUUACAGGACGAAAGCCAGACAUUCAAACGUUUCGAACGAGGACGAGCUGAUAAAUUUGUUGUACAGACAGCGGAUGUUGGAAAGCUCGAAAAGUUAGUUAUUGGUCAUGACAACAGAGGAGAGGACCCCGGAUGGCUCCUGGAGGAAGUUGAUGUCGAUAUCCCUGAACGAGAUGAACAUUAUAAAUUCCGCUGUGGCGGGUGGCUCGGUGGCCAACGGCCUGGUCAGCGGAAGGAAGCAGUCUUAUACCCAGUGGAUGACAUUGAUGGAGAAGUGAAACCCAUCGAGGUAGACAGCCUGCAAGAAACUGGAGCGUCCGGAUUUGGUGACGCCGAGUAUGACGUGGAGUUUAAGACGUCCGCGGAAGAAAACGCUGGCACGGAUGCCAAUGUGUAUUUUCAAAUGAUUGGCGAAGAUGGGGAGACUCAAGAAAUCGACCUAAAAAACAAGGGAAAGGGUUACUUUCACCGGGGACAGCUGGAUAGAUUCAGGAUCAGGGCCAGAGAUGUUGGUCGGCUCAAAAUGCUUCGCGUAGGCCAUGAUAAUUCUGGCUCUAAUUCUCGGUGGUUGCUAGAUGAAGUUGUAAUAUUAUCUUUGGCCCGUGGUGAGCGCUACGUGUUCAAAGGGGGCCGCUGGAUCGGUGGACGAACAAAUGAAAUUGACCUUCCACUAGAUUCUUGGAAUUAUGGCCAGUUAGUUGGUCAAGAGCCGGAUAUUCCAGAUCUGAUUGAAUACAUGCAAUCUGGAGAUGAGGUCAAGAUCAUUAACGCGGCUGCAUAUUUACAACAUUUAUGUUACAGUAAAGAAUAUGUGAAGGAUAAAGUCAGAGAACUUGGUGGAAUUCCAGUGAUUGUCAGGUUGCUGAAGCAUUCUGAAUGGCGUGUUAGAUAUGCUGCUGUUUGUCUUUUGAGGAACCUCUCAUUUAGUAUGAAAAAUGACGCAAACAGGUUGGCCAUAGCUGAUUGUGGUGGAAUUGAAGCUCUUAUAGAAAUCCUGCAAGAAACGGACAAGACAGAGUACAGGGAGGCAAUUUUAGGAGUUCUGUGCAACUUAUCGUCCGUUGAGUCGCUACGUCUCAGAAUCCUCUUGGUUUGCCUGCACAUUAUCGUUAUUCUUAUUAUCAUAACAUACUCUGAGUGGACGGCUGUGGCAGCUCGAGGGCAGCCGCCAUUGAGGUCUGAGCCUUGGCCAGCGGUACUCGUUCAUGCUACCAGACUCGUGCGCAAUCUGUCUUCGGCCGGUACCAGGGCCCGGCAAGAACUGAGGGACGAGAAAGACUUGAUCGACUGUUUAGUUUGGAUUGUAAGAAUUGGUGUUAAAAGUGAACAAUAUGAUAACAAGUGCCUUGAGCAUUCAGUGUGCACACUAAGAAACCUGUCUUACCGGCUGGAAAGUGAGAUCGAUAGGGAUCGCUAUGACGACGCCGAUGUUGAUGUCGACCCUGCUGCCGUCAAAGAACAACAAAGCCAAGGCUGCUUCGCAGGGUGUGGUGGAAGAAAGAAGAAAAAGGUGCCCAACGACAAGAGGCCCAUGGAUCGACCGAGGGGUCCACCACAAGGGGUUGAACUGAUUUGGCAGCCGGAGACAGUUCAACAAUACCAUGUGCUGAUACGCAAAGCCAAGAACAUUGAAACCUUAGAGGGGUCGGCAGGGGCUCUGCACAACUUGACAGCUUGUUCUUGGAAGUGGGCAAUCAAAAUCCGUGGGGAUACAAGACGAGCACAAGCAAUCCCACAGCUCGUGGAGCUUUUGCGAAUUGACUACGAUCCAACAAUCCGAGCAGCAGCCAUUGCCCUUCGAAACAUGUGCGUUGACUCGGAAAACAAGAACAUUGUUGGCGAGAAAGCGAUUUUACACUUGGUCCACAGACUCCCCACAGGAGACGAGGAAGAACGACUCGUGCAUGAUCCAACUGUGGCCUCUCUUCUGUGCGCCAUUUAUCAGAUUACUAACAAAAAUGACAAAAACGCCAAAUACCUUCGAAAGACCAAAAGCAUUCAAAAGAUUGUGAGGAUAGCAACAGAUCAGAACAGACUAUACUCACCUCGUGUCAUAAAAAUAGCCAAUCAGGUGCUGGCCAACCUUUGGAGUCAUAGUCAUUUACAACAACAAAUGAAGAAUGAAGGCUGGCAGUACGAUGCAAGCAAUAAUGCGGAACUCGCUCGUGCCCCGAUGGAUUUUGAAGCCACGUCUUUGCCUCGCACGCCCGACGAACGUAGCCGAAGAGAUCCGAACAUUCGCCGACUGGAAAGCGACGACGAUCAGUGGCGAGACGGCAGUCGCCGAGCGAGAGAUCAUUGGGACGGUGAGCCUUCUGGAGCGACAGACAUCUCUUCAGAAUCAGAUAGGCAACGCAGUUGGGGGGACAGCUUGAAUCACAUCCCACCUCCAUAUACAUCUGAUGACAACUAUUCCCGGGGCAGUCGUUCAAGGGAUGAACUCCCCAUGGAGGUGUUGUCAAGUUCACCCCGACCGUCGGCCUCGAAUUCAGACCGAGACGAGAAUGAAAACUCCACUGACAGGACUUUUAAGUUAAAGGGCAGUGGGGGUGGGGGUGGGGGUGGGAAGAACGAAGACCUGUGGGUGUAAGACUGUCAGCGAUGGGAACUUGGUAUGGAGUAGAAAUAUUUGAAUUUUCACCUUUUUGCACGGUUUUUGUAGUAGCUUUCGAUGCGAACACGGGGAUCCUUUCCUUCUACUUUCCUUGUUGAGUACGAGGAAUAUGUCAUGUAAGUUAUAUAAUUUUAUUGGAACUAAUGACUCGAGAUGUCUCCCUAGGCACAAGAAAAAUGUAUUCUGAAGAGAACGCUUAUUAACGUUGAAGUACGAAGUUUACUCCCGAGAGUGUAGAAUGUUUUCAACAACAUAUUCUAGUGUAAGGCGAUCAAUUCAUGUCAUGUUAACGACUUUUUUUUUUAUCCUAAUCAUUAUUCCUUUGAAAUUACUCACGGCGUCCGUGCUUUUUGUAGCUUCAUGACAAUCCUGGAAAUUCUCUACAUAUUUAUGAUUGUAGUGGACGAGAACCCGUGACAUUGAAAUUAAUUUCGUUUUCCUUUGUCAGUGUUAACUGAUCCAAGGACUUGAAUUUUAUUAAUAUCUAUAUGCAUUGGAGCUUUCUGUAGCUCUUUUGUUUGCUCAAAGUGUGCGAAAUUCAUAAAAUAAUGUUUAGGCGCUACUGUUCUUUUCCAAACCGAAUAACUAUAAAGGUAAGAAUGAAAACUAGACGUAGUGUAUCCACCAUUACUUCAGCAAUUCGUAAGUUGCUACAGUUUGAACAAAACGAUGACUACAGAAUUUGACAUGAUGAAAGUUUCACUUUUAAAACGCAUAAUGCCCAGACAGACGACUAACCAGCAGAAUGUACAUGCGUUAUUGCGUGAGUAGUCUUCUUUAUUCAAGUGUAUUUUUGCACGAGGUGAGUUUGGUUAAUGUGUCCUUACGUCGCUUUUUAAAAUUGUAAUGUUUUAUAUGUAGUAUACAUGUAGUUGUUAGUGUGGCGUUUCGUAUGCUUACUACUAAAAUUGUGUUUAAUUUCACGACCGCACGGUAAAUGCUUUGUACAAAAAAAAAAAGGCUCACUACAGUACGAGUAAAUCUCUAAACUUAAGUUUGUAAUGUAUAUUGUAUUUUAGUUGUAGAUCAACGCGAUAUUUUACAACGAAACAUGGUUGCAGCAUGGUACACUGUAACCAGAGUAUUUUGUGGUAUUGAUAAUAUUUGCGAUUGUACACUUAUUAUGCUUUGCUCAUGCAGUUCUAUCAUUAAAUAAUAAACAUCAAGAAAGUUUA